AAUAUAUUUAUAAUUCCCAUUUACUGGUAAUGGAGUAGUGUCUAAAUAUAAGAAUGAAAGAUUUUUGUGUAGAUUUCUCUAGACUUCCCUUAAAGGAUAUUGCUGCUAGUUUCAAAUUUCAUCUCAACUCUCUUAUCAGUCUGGUUACAUCACAGCAUUAAUGGCUAGAGCAGUAAUUAGAAUAACAUUUUGGGUUGAUUCACUGAGAAUUAAGGGUACAGGGUCAAAAACAUACCCUUUCAAGAUGUCUCCUGAGAUAUGUUCUCCGUCAAAUUGAUUGCAUCAGAUGUGUGAGGAACCCCACAGAAAGUCUUUCUUAGUGUGCCUUGCAUCUUUUCCCCCACCAUUGCUUUGUGACAUAUCUUCGAUAAGAGAGAAAAAAAAGUAAGGUUUAAGGUUAUUGAGGACUAACCCUACAGAAAAUCUUUAGUGUGUCUUGUAUCUUUGGUUUGUGACAUAUCUUUGGUAAGAUAAGAAAAUAAGGAAGGUAUAGGUUUCAAGAGGACUAACCCCUCAGAAAACUUUGCUUAGUGUGUCUUGUCCCCUUUUUCACUUUGUUCUUUUACUUCUUUGAGGAAGUUGGAAGAGAAGAGAAGAAAAGGGUUUUAGAAAAGACCUGUUUUCUGUAUUUAUAUCAUCUUUUCUUCCACUUUGACAAUUCUUUGAUGAUGCAUGAUAGGAAAAGAAGGGGAAUCCAAACUUCUCGAUCAUGUCUAGGUGUGAGUUUGCUUUCUGGCAGAUCUUUGAAAUGGUAGGGGGAAAAAAAUAGAGAAUAAGUGCGUAGAAGACUAAGAGAAUCAAUAUGGUCUUUGCACACAGCAGCAGGAUGUCUCCCUGGACGAACUUAGAAGUCUUCUUGGGUCCCACUUUCAUCGCUCACAUGCUCUUGCAGUCGCAAAGGACUGGCAAGAGAUUAGGGUAUAUCCAUAUUGAGAAUUUGCUUUGCUUGUAGCCUGUGAAUGAUUAUGAUGUAGGAGAAGGCUUUUUACGCAUUUAUGAUACUUUGGAAAUAGAUGCCGACACUUUUUUGAUAAGUUGAUUUUUAAAAUCUUGCCCUUAACAUCUUCUUUGAAACCAAAAAGUUCUAAGCAGCUUCCGAUGAUGCUGACACUCACCUGGCUGUAUUGUUUUAUUUCCUCCUCAUGCAGCCAAGGAUUGAGCAAGACAUAGAUAUGGUGGAGUUCCUGUUUGCCGUACUGGAAGGUCACUUAGGACGCAGAAUUAAGCUGUACACUUAUGAGUGCGGAGAGCCCGUGAUGAUUAUCGAGAACCUAGAGCUGCUUCAGUCCCUUCUGUCCUCUCACCUGAGCCGACAGCGCGAAGUGAAUGAGCUUCUGAGUCAGGAACCGCUUCUGGUUGGAGAAGGACAGCCAUCAAGUGACAGUAGCCCAAGUGUGUCAUCUAGACGAAGGGGUAGAAGCACAAGAGAAGCGCCAGAUGGAGAAGAAGCAUCGAGGGGUUCCUCUAAACGCUCUCAGAGCCUGGUUCGACAGGGGACCUUCAAUGUGAGCGAGCAGGAGACCACAGUGGCUACCAUCCAUGCUACGUUAGAUGCGCAUCUCACCAGGGUAAAUAAGGUGCAUCAAUUUAGCACGAAGCAGUAGUGCACUGCUCAUGCCCUUUGGCCUCUUCCUACAUCCUCUGUGAUGCUUGGAUUGUAGCUGCUGUAGGUAGAUGGAAGUACCACCCCACAGGUUCAGUGUAUCUCAUUGCUCAAAUCCUGAGGUGCACCCCAUGUCUGAAUGUUUGUUUUGAGGUAUGCAGAAGAAGAAAGGGAAAGAAGAAAGGGCAUGAAUGUUACUCCGUAUUUGCCACUUUGCACUGAGUGUGCUUUUUGACAUUGGACAGGAAAGAAAUUCCAAGUAGGAAUGUGGCAUUUGUCAGUGACAUGUACUUGUGCAUGCCUUAAAUCCUCCUGUAGUUAACAGGAUGCAAUUAGUUGUGGAAAGUUGAUGUGUGUUGAAUGAUGAGAGACUUCUUGUAUAGUCAGAGGCUUCCAUAGUAAGUUGGUUGUUUUUACUAAAUCCAAGUCUUAACUAGUGCUUGUUGAUACAUGCUUAAGUUUAAACUAAGGAUUUAAAUGUUCAGUGUAUUUAGUUACAUUAGGAAAUAAGCAAAUAUUUGUAUUCUAAAACAAAAUGAAAGCAUGGAAUGUUGUUAGCUGCAUCACUUCAACUUAUAUUAUGGCUGAGUGUACAGUAAGCUGUGCUUUGUAUUGUAUUAAAAGUGCUCAUUGCAUAUUUAUGAUUCUAGUUUAAAGAUCAUAAAAGUAUUAUGUAUCGGCAUCAUAAAUUUAUUAUUUUGUGCAUAGUAAUGGUCUUGUUUUUUUGUUUGUAAAGUUGAGUAAUCAUGACAAAAAAAAUGUGUCAUAUACAAAGGAAUAUCUAAUGAUUUUGGAUACAAAUACAGCUAUAGUGCCAGUGGUUUGAAAUAUUUUUUUAAGGAACAUCUCAGAUGGAAGAGAAUCAGAAUGUACAUCUCCUUUUUAUGUCUGUUUUGCAGUAAGCUGUAAGCAGGAUGACCAGACAGAUCAUCUAAAUGUUGAAGUGGUAGAUAGGUGCUCUUAUUUGGAAAUGUGACGCACAAAAAAAUCCAGGUGCUGUGACUUUGUUGCUGCCUUCUCUUCUGAAACAAAUAGUAGAUUAGCGUAACGUCAGAGGUGUGGUUUCUACAAUUAGCGGGCUUAGUGUGUACAUCUAUAGAAGCUGAUACACAUUUUGCCCAUCAAAUGGCAUGUCAUUUUUGUAAAUGGUUCAAAUGUUUACAACUGUUGAUGAUGAUAGAUCAUAUAUCUAGGAUGAUGAAGUGACUAAGAAAAAGAAAACAUUCUAUGUAUAUGGUCAAUACAUACUUCACAAAAAGCCAUAUGUAUUCCUGCUCUUUUUGCAACUAACAUGUUUAUGGAUACCUGCCAUUAGUAUGUAAGUGUUCAUUCUGCUGGCCUUUUAUAUCAUUUGAUUGUUCUUUAAAACAAUUGUUGCUGGAAGGACAUGUUUGAGCCCUCUGCUGUUGUUAUUAUCCCCUUUUGGAACAAGAGUAAACAAUAAAACAAUAAUAUGCUGAGGGACUUGUUUACAGAAAGCAUUACAGUCUGCUUAACUAUGUGACAGAGAAGAGUACAACCUGUUGAGAUAACUUACUGCCUCACUGGCUGGCUUGAAGAUCAUCAAGUUUACACAAUGGUUAAGUGAGGAAUCUGUUUCAGAAUAUAGACUCUUUACCUGGUUAGAUCUUGGAACUUCAGGUUAUGAAAGGGCUUGAGAAAGUAUAUACAUCCAUACACAUAGAUUUCAGGUAAUUGAUCUUCGGCUUGCCUAAGUACACCUUACUGUUACCUCAAAAUUAAUGUAGCGGGUUAUAUAGGGAAUUUUAGACAGUCUGUAUCACGAUAUUCUUUAGAAUAUACAAGUUUUUUAAUGUGCUAUGAUGUUAAACACAAUAUACAAAUACUGUAAUUAUGUACGAAUAAUUGUAAUACACUAUUAUAAUUGUCAGGGUUGAAAAAGUUCACUGAAUUUUUCUGAAGGUUGUAGUUAGGAAAACAGUAGGCUAUAAUAGGAAGGGAAAGGUAAGUAGAAUUUCAAGAGCAGUCACAAUAAUCUUUCUUCACAAAAUAAAGUUUCAUAUGUAGAGGAAGAUGAGAAAAAGAUAUUAACAUUCUUCUAUUAAAAGAAUAUGAGUAAAUGGACAGUGAUGUGUCUGCUAAUUGAUCCAUCUGUCUUUUUGUGCUUGAUACAUUGCAGAAAAAACAUUAAUGGCUCACUUUUUGGGCUGUAGGUCGGAGUUUGGGUACUCCAGUCUUGUGCUUGUGACUGUUUCAUCAUCCUUUUUGAUUGUUGGGUCUUUGAAAGAAACAAUAUUUUUCUACAAUUUUGUAUAAAGCUCAUUACCUUCUAGGAUAUGUCCUGUAUUAAACAGCUGGUCCAUUUACUCGGUGUCUAGUAAUGAGAAUAGAAAAAUAUUUAGUUCAGGUGGAUCAACGUAGCAAGAUCGUUCAUUUGCUGUGUUGCAUUCGGCUCAAGUGCCAGAGUCAGUAUAGUAACAGAUUUCUCUCUGGUUUCACUUUCAGCACAAAAAAGAAAAAAAAAAAAAUGUCAUGAUUGUAUUGGUUUUUGAAAGGUAGCUUGUCAAAUGGAAGGGACUGAGAAUUUCCAUUAUUCUGCAGGUUGUGUCAUUUACCUUGUUGUGAUGUACACCCCAAAAGGGAAGUGUGUCUUAUUGCAGUAUAGCUCAAGUUGCACAGGCAGUUUAAGGAAGUGAAGUGAUUGCUAUAGUUACUGCUGCUUUUGCUUCCGCAGCUGUAAACUCUGGUUAUUCGAUUGCAGCUGCAUUGGUGACGAAACUGUACAUGUCAUAGCCAUCGUCAUUACAUUUAUAUAUUUGAAUGCUUAUUUCUUAUUAUUUUUUACUAUCAUGACAGUAUUAUGUUUGAUGUUUCAUCAUUUUUGAUGUUGAUGAUAGGUUUUAUCAUGCUUAUCAUUUUCUUCAUGUAACAUUGUUAUCAUUAUCACCUUUACUACCAUUGUAAGUAUAAUGUGAUUAACAAAUUUCAGUAUCAUCUCUUCUUUUAUGUUAUUUAAAGUUAAGAAAAUGAGGAAAAUUUCGUGAGGUGUAUGUUAUGAAUGUUUUUUUGUUUUUUAUUUUAUUUAUUAGCCAUAUUUUAGCAUGUUUAACAGUUACAGCAAUACUUUUGGUUGGCGAUUUGUUUUUUCAUUUUAUUCAUACGAUGUUUCAUCAGAUUGUGAUAAAAUCUAAUACUCAAAACAUACAGUAGGAAUUAUAAGAUGAAUAGAUUUAUCAUGUAUAAAGAUCAAGGAAUCCGUGUUGUUGUGCAGUCUGAAAUCAGACCUAAAAGCUCAGCUUGAUUUGUCUGAUAAAUAGUGAUAUGAACCUUUAUUGACUACUUACAUAGAGAGAGAUGAAACAAGAAAUACACGUGCUCGCAGCUUUCAAGGCUUGAAGGUACCUCAAGAGUGCUCAAAGUUUGUACUAUUAAAAUUGAAUGUUUGUAUAAUCAUUUAUGUUCAGUGUUUACCCCCCUCCCCCCCUUCCCCUGCAGUAUGGACUAACCCUGUGUUGCUGUGUUUCCUUUUCAAAUUCUGAAAAUAGGUGGAUAAUGGAGAUAUAAAGAUGGGUUUUUAAAAGUGAGUAUUCUCAUCAGACACUGAUGACUGUUGGAAUUGAACAGGUAUCUAUGGAAUGCGAGUCUGAUGCGAUUCAGGAAUUGAAUGGACAUUAUCUUUCCUGCAUCACUUUUCUUUGUAUUGGAGUUGUGUUGGUUUGCAGUUAUUCAUUGGGAUGAGUUGUAUAUGUUACUUUUUUGAUAUGUGCCUAUCUAAUGUACAACGAUUAUCAAAACUGUAAUUAUAGUGCUAGUCCACUAGUCAUUUUUUUUUUUCAUGGUAUUAAUUCAAAGGUAGCUAUAAUCUUAUGAACAAAAGCCUCUGUGUGCCUAAAAAUAUGGUCAUUAUCCUUUCCUGUCAAGUUUACUUAAUAUGAGGUGAUAUUGUCUUGUGUGGAUAAAAAAAUUAUAGGCUGCAGGGAAUUUACCAUUUCGUUCGUUUUUAAAGUUUGUGAUGAACAAGUGUGGCCAUUAGUUAGGGAUUCAGUUUUCAGAGACAAAGCCUACCAGUGAAAUUACUUUAUAUCAACCACCUAGAUUUGUUGAUCUUUUGUGUAAAUUUUUCUUUUUAAUUGCGCUAUGAUGUGGAAGAAUGGCGUAAUAGCAAGAGUCGUGUUCCGGUUCCUAUGUGUAAGUAAAACCUUUAUCUAUAUUUGGCUUUAAUGAUAGUUAAGUAUAAUCACAUAUUCCGAUUAUGGUUAGUGUAACUGCAUGUUAUUUUCCUGUGCUGACUUCGGGUCACAUAUUAUAAAUGUCGAGUAUUAAGCUGAAAGUAGAACUAUUCUUCUUUAUUCAGUUUUGUUCAUAUUCUUAAAAGAGGAUAUGGUCUUUUCUUGCGGUAUUUUAUGCUUCAUUUUAUGUAAAUUAUCUUUCAUGUAUAAAUGAUUUUCCUUUGAAAUGAAAGGUAAAUCUACUUAUGUAUCGAUAUAUUGAUACAGGUCUGCUUGUUGUCUUAGGCUAGAAGUAUCCUGAUGGACAAAGGAAGGAAAUCUCUUGAGUUGGGAAAUAUUCAACACAUCUAUUAUGAAGCUGAGUUUGAAAUGUUUUCAUUUCUGUGAAUUCAUUGUCUUUUGUUGUUUAGACAUGUUGAGUGAAAAAUCCAAGGUGGGAUUGAUUUUGUUUGAAGAGGAGAAAUUAUUUAUUAAUUAAAGGAAAUUAUAUAGUAACAAAAAGAGUACUAUAAUGUAAUAAAAUAAAUUGAUAUUUAUAAACUUUUGAGCAAUACUUAGUUUGUGUUAAGAUAUAAACUUUGGAACACUGAGACAAAGUAAUCACCAGUAUUUUUGUUAAUGUAUAAAUGGCAAUUAGAUCUGAACAGAGAAUAUAUUAUACUAAUUUUUAAAUGUCUGAGUUUGGGAUAGAUUUUUCCAAGAAGGAAUUUUUGCCAAUCUUGCCUUUGAAUGAAAAAUAACAAAAGUCUCUCUAUGUAUUACAAAUGUAUGACUUAUAUCUCAAGUUCAAAUGAAAAUAAUUGCUUUUUUCGAUACUCAAUUUUUUUCCCUAUGUAAUUUGGUGAAAAGUGUAUUGUGUAUUUUUGAUCCCAAUGUUGUUAAUGACGAACUUCAAUCACUUACGUAAUUACUUAAGAAGUGGGAAGUAAAGAUCUGUGUUAUUACAAUGGUAGCUGAAUAUAUAUACUAAUGUUGCAGGAGUUUAUAUGUGUUCACUCUUCUGUACAAGGAUGAAGAAGAUAUUCAGUUGUGUUGUUAACGUGUGAAAUUUGUGUUGUAACUUUGAUCUCCAAAUCAGAAGUUGACUUGUAAUUGAUGGUUGUUUUAUUGAUAAAAUUUAAAAGACAAUUUGACUUGAUUUGAAAGACAUGAUUAGUAUUUUCAUAAUGUUAAGUUUGUUUUGUAUUUAUUUAUUUUGCAAUUAUUGGUUGAAUUCUCGUGCGUAAUUAUAAGAAAUCAGAUAUUUUAGGACUAAAGUAAUGGUCAUGAAACACAAAAAUUCAGUACUGAUACUGAAUGAUUAAUGCUAAGGUAUGGAAAAUAUAUAUAUUUUUGGAGUCUACAGCUCAUCCUUAAAAAAAAAAUGAGUACACUUUAAUUUCAACCUAAGUCUGUUUUUGGUUGGCAUUUUGCUAUUGUGUUAGUGGUUUGUGUGUGUUUUUUUUUUUUUUUUUUUUAUGUUUUUGCUUUUUACAAAAUUUGCAGAGCUAAGCUUUUGGAUUUUUGUGAGGUAUUUGUAACCAAAGUGCAGAGCUUUACCCAAUUGUUAAUGUAAGUCUGAAAAUAUGAAUAAAAAAUUACUACUUUCA